AGAGGAAGACCAGCGGCUUGUUUGUUUACAUGGUUGAAGCUAAUGCUAAUGACGCAGCUAUAGCUCCAGUUACAGUGGCUGUCUCUCUCUCUACCUGUCGCCGGUGAGCUGGACUCUGUGGCGGUCUGUGUCUCCUGGUCCAGUUUGUCCAGCGGUUGUGAAUAAAGGCGGAGUUCCGGAGGGUGACAGCAGCCAUGGCUCAGCAGAGAGGAGUCAACAGCCUCCAGUUCAACCAGGACCAAAGCUGUUUCUGCUGUGCGAUGGAGACGGGGGUGAAAAUCUACAACGUGGAGCCGCUGAUGGAGAAGGGCCACCUGGACCAUGAGCAGGUGGGCAGUGUGGCGCUGUGCUCCAUGCUGCAUCGCUCCAACCUGCUGGCCUUGGUGGGAGGAGGAGUCAGUCCCAAAUUCUCUGAAAUCUCCGUUCUGAUCUGGGAUGAUGCUCGAGAGUCCCGGGACCCCAAGGACAAGCUGGUGCUGGAGUUCACGUUCACCAAACCGGUUCUGGCCGUUCGCAUGAGACACGACAAGAUCAUCAUCGUGUUGAAGAACAAGAUCUUCGUUUACAGUUUCCCUGACAAUCCCGUCAAGCUUUUUGAAUUCGACACCAGAGACAACCCUAAGGGUAUCUGUGACCUGUGUCCCAGUCUGGAGAAACAGCUGUUGGUAUUCCCAGGUCACAAAUGCGGCAGCUUGCAGCUGGUUGACUUGUCCAACACCAAGCCCGGCACGUCGUCGGCGCCGUUUACUAUCAACGCCCACCAGAGCGAGAUCGCCUGCGUGGCGCUGAACCAGCCAGGCAGCGUGGCGGCGUCAGCGUCCCGCAAAGGAACCCUGAUCCGACUGUUCGACACCACAACCAGAGACAAACUGGUGGAGCUGCGUAGAGGCACCGACCCGGCCACGCUCUACUGCAUCAACUUCAGCCACGACUCGUCCUUCCUGUGUGCGUCCAGCGACAAAGGCACCGUCCACAUCUUCGCUCUGAAGGACACCAAACUCAACCGUCGCUCUGCCCUGGCCCGUGUCGGGAAGGUGGGCCCUGUGAUCGGUCAGUACGUGGACAGCCAGUGGUCGCUGGCCAGCUUCACCGUGCCCGCUGAGUGCGCCUGCAUAUGUGCUUUUGGAAAAAACACGUCCAAGAACGUGAACUCGGUCAUCGCCAUCUGUGUGGAUGGGACCUUCCACAAGUACGUCUUCACACCGGAUGGAAACUGCAAUCGGGAAGCCUUCGACGUGUACCUGGACAUCUGUGAUGACGAUGACUUCUGAGAGGAAGGCAGAGGGUCGAGACUGACCUGAGGAGACCGCUGUGGUCUGGUGAUGGAAAAGACCACCGCAGACCAACCUACUCAGCUGCAGCCUGUUUUAUCAGCGUUUUAAUCAGUUGUAUUUACAAUGAGCAGCUCAGCUUACCUGGAUGAUGAGCAACACAUGAUUAAUGUACAGGAUUUAUGGAAGCUGACAGUGAAGUCUGACUAAAAUUUGAGUUUUAUGAAAACUCUGUUGCUUUUAUUGUAAGUAAUAAAUGGACCUUUUCUUCAUAUGUUGCUGCAUAAGUUGCUGUUUAUCAUUUGUUAAGAUUUCAGUGUAUGUUUUGCAUUGUUAGUGCGACACUUAGUUGCGGUGUAUCAGAGGAAUUGUUUGGAUCUGUCAAAGUGAGGUUCUGUAGUGUUUCCAUACUAUAUUGCUACCAGGAAAGAAAAAAUAAAACCCAGGAAGUCAUAAUUAUAAGAAUGAAAGCUAUAACGUUCACUUUCUGAGUCCUAGUUGUGAGAUAAGUGUGACCUUGAAAGUCAUAACUACAACCCUUAUUAUUAUAAUAAAUUGGAAUUAUGACUUCCUUUGGGCUUUCAUUUUUUUUUUCUUUCAUGGCAGAAAUGGACUUCCGUACCAGAGACCUUGUAGUAGCUAGCAUGUUCCUGUGCAGGAAAUGACUCUCCACAGAGUCACAAUCUCACCUGUAGUUAAGUUAAAGGGCAUAAAAUGAUGCUACAAUGUUAUUCCUUCAGCAAAAACCUUCCUGAAGUGUUGCCUCGAUUAUUUCUGGCAUGUUUGAGAAAUCAUAAAAUCUCCCAUGGCAACCAUUCGGUGUGUCUAAAGGCUGGGUUUUAGUGAGUGCUGCCUUUUCUACAAAGAUCCUCCUCCAGCCAAGCUUCAGCGUCACAGAGUAGCCCAGCCCCACUCAGCUCCUUCAGACUAGCCAGCAGCGAUUAGCAAACGCCUACAUUUAAACAAACAAGUUUACAGCUCAAGACUUCGACAUCAAUAACGCAACAAUCAGUAAAACAUUAAUGUAAGAAUAACUACUGGUCAGAAUCUGUAUCUAACAGUGCAGUAGACUACUUAGUUAUGGCUUGUUCUGUAUUCAUUAGUUUGUUAUAUUUUACAAGAGUUAAUGAGCCAAAUGGUUUAGAUCCCCAAGAAUUGGAAAGCAAUAUAAAGUCUUCAGAUAAUAAAGAGCAGUGUUAUGUUUUUUCCAGGUAUAGAGUGCCAUUUUAUAGCUCAAUGAAGUAAUGUUAACUUCAGUUGGUAUAAAAAUGCUACAUAUAUAUUAAACAUGAAAAAAAUAAAAGCUGUCUUUGCAAUUUGA